AUGGCGGACGAUGAAAACGAUCAUAUGUUCGCUGAACCCGCUUUUGGUGACGAGUUCGGAGAUGAGUUAGGUGAAGAAGAUUUAGAUGAAGACAUAGAAGAAGCAGAUGCAGCAGCUGAAGAUGUUGAUGUUGUUAUUGACCCAAACGACCCCAGACUCCAAAGGCCGGAGGCUCAUCCAUCGGAGGGUCCGCGUAUAACGACACCUUUUCUGACAAAGUUUGAGAAGGCACGUAUAAUAGGAACAAGAGCUUUACAGAUAAGUAUGAAUGCGCCUUUAACAAUACAACUAGAAGGCGAGUCAGACCCUUUAAUAAUUGCUGAAAAAGAACUUUAUCAGAAAACUCUACCUUUUAUUGUCCGAAGAUAUCUACCCGAUGGGAGUUACGAAGACUGGAAGAUCGAUGAGCUUGUUAUUGAUUAA